AUGGAAUCUCCAUAUUAUCAUGUGUACAAGCUUCCACCUCUUUCUUUAGAAAAGGCCUUAGAGAUUUUCUACAAAAAGGUUUUCCAAUGUGAUGGGGGGAAAUGUCCUCCUAUUUUUAUUGAGUUAUCACGUGCCAUUGUUGAGAGAUGCGGAGGGUUGCCACUAGCAAUAGUGGCUAUAGGGGGUCUUUUGUCAACCAAAGACAAGAUUCUCUAUGAGUGGUGCAAAUUGCAUAAUAGUCUUAGCUCAGAGCUAGAAACUAAUCCCCAUCUCAUGAAUAUCACCAAAAUUUUAUCCCUCAGUUAUCAUGAUCUACAUUACAACCUCAAAGCUUGUUUCUUAUAUUUUGGAAUGUUUCCAGAAGACUAUUGUAUUAAUUGUGCAAGACUAAUUCGACUAUGGAUAGCAGAGGGUUUUGUAAAAGAAAAGAAAGGGAUAACAUUGGAGGAUGUUGCACAAGGGGUAGAUGAAGUGCCCAUUUCAUUCCUUGCUAAUUCUUUGGCAAAUUUCAAGCUCAUGAAAACAAUGGAUUUUGAAAGUGCUCCUAUAGAUUACAUUCUUAAAGAAGUGGGAAACCUAUUCCAUCUAAGUAUUGAUUUUCGACUAGCAGUAAAGAUACACAAUGGCAUUGAAUGUUUACAAUCCUUACAAAAGCUUUCUAAGAUUGAAGACAACCAUGCCCUUAUUGUAGAAUUGGGAAGUUUAAGACAAUUGAGGAAGUUACCAAUCUCUAAAUUGAAGAGAGAGAAUGGGAUGGUUUUCUGCACCGCGUUAGAGAAAAUGAGCAACCUUCAGUCUCUAAGAAUCUAUGCCACAAGUGAGGAGGAAGUUCUUGAAUUACAAUCGAUGUCUUCUCCUCUGCCCCUCCUACAAUCUGUUGCCCUAUGUGGGCGAUUAGAAAAGUUUCCAGAAUAG